ACGAACAGGUGUAUGAAGCAAAACGGUCGGUCAAUGCAUCCGUCCACCAUCAUCACAAAACGCCAGUUACAAGUAAACAUCCCAUACAAACACUGUAUCUGUAAAACAUAUGCGUAAUUUUACCACGAAGUACAGCUGUUUAGAAAGGAGAUUCAACAUGACGUAAGGGCCUGUGAACCUUCACCUGACCUGCUCUAGACGGACUCCUCUCUUUAGACUCUUAAGAAGCACUCUUCAGACUCCAGGACCAUGUCAACAGGUAAAUACACUCCAGCCCCAGGGGGCCCUUUUUCGGCCCUCACACCCAGCAUGUGGCCCCAGGACAUCCUGGCCAAGUACUGUCAGAAAGACACCAGUAUGGAAGCAGAACUGCAGUAUGAUGAAUUCGGGUUCCGGAUCGAUAGUGAAGACGGGGUUGAGACAAGAAAAUGGCAGCGUGGUGAGGGAGCCCCUCAGAGAGAAGACCCUCAGCAAAGACUUCGCUGGCAAGCCCAUCUGGAGUUCACGCACAAUCACACUGUAGGAGACCUGACAUGGGACAAGAUCUCCCCCACACUGGCUCGCUCUGACCGCCUUCGGACUCUGGUGCUGGGGGGCAUACCGCACAGCAUGAGACCACAGUUGUGGAUGCGUUUGUCAGGGGCCCUGCAGAAAAAGAGAACAUCAAUUUGCUACAAGGAAAUUGUCAAAAACAGCUCUAAUGAUGACACCACAGCAGCCAAACAGAUAGAAAAGGAUCUUUUGCGGACCAUGCCCACUAAUGCGUGCUUCAGCACCAUGUCGAGUGUGGGGGUGCCCAAACUCAGGCGGGUCCUGAGAGGGCUGGCGUGGCUGUAUCCAGACAUCGGGUACUGUCAGGGCACAGGCAUGGUGGUGUCCUGUCUGCUGCUGUUUCUGGAGGAGGAGGAUGCACUGUGGAUGAUGUGUGCACUGAUAGAGGACCUGCUGCCUCCCUCAUACUUCUCCUCUACGCUGUUGGGAGUUCAGACUGACCAGCGUGUGCUCAGACAGCUCAUAGUGCAGUAUCUGCCGAGUCUAGACCAGCUGCUACAGGAGCAUGACAUUGAGCUUUCUUUAAUCACGCUGCACUGGUUCCUCACUGCCUUUGCCAGUGUGGUGGACAUCCGCAUCCUGCUGCGAAUCUGGGACCUGCUCUUCUACGAGAGCUCAGUGGUGCUCUUCCAGGUUACACUGGGCAUGCUGAAGAUCAAGGAGGAAGAACUGGUAUCAUCUGAGAACUCAGCAUCCAUCUUCAACACACUCUCAGAUCUGCCCAGUCAACUAGAGGAUGGGGCGGCUGUGCUGGGCGAGGCUGUGCGUCUGGCUGGGUCUCUGUCUCAGGAAAACCUUGAUGCACACAGACACAAGCAUCUUGCCUACAUCCUGGCAGAGCAAGCCCAGCUCAACUCCGGCAACUCCCAUUCCCUCAGCACCAACCUCAGCAAGGUGGUCCGCAGACAGAGCCUGCAUAGGAAAUCCACUCUGAGCUCGCUUCUCUGGGGGGAGGACGAGGUGGAGGCACUGAAGGCCAAAAACAUUAAACAGACAGAGCUGGUGGCAGCGCUGAGAGAAGCCAUCAGUCGGACCGCAGAGCACUUUCACUGCCUGGACCCCCGCAACUGCAGCACUGAUUUGACUCCGGACUAUUCUAUGGAGAGCCAUCAAAGGGAUCACGAGAACUUCCUGGUUGUGUCUCGGCAUCGUCGGAGACGAGCCAAAGCCUUGCUGGACUUUGAGCGGCACGACGAUGAUGAACUGGGUUUUCGAAAGAAUGACAUCAUCACAAUCAUCUCACAGAAAGAUGAGCACUGCUGGGUUGGAGAGCUGAACGGCUUGAGAGGCUGGUUUCCUGCAAAAUUUGUGGAUGUCUUGGAUGAACGAAGUAAAGAGUACUCUCUGGCUGGAGAUGACACCGUAACUGAGGCAGUGAAUGACUUGGUCAGGGGCACACUGUGUCCAGCUCUCAAGGCCCUCUUUCAGCAUGGCCUGAAGAAGCCCUCCAUACUGGGAGGACCCUGUCACCCAUGGCUCUUCAUCGAGGAGGCAGCCAGCAGAGAAGUGGAGAGGGACUUCAACUCUGUCUACUCCAGACUGGUGCUCUGCAAGACCUACAGGUUAGAUGAAGAUGGGAAGGUGCUCACACCUGAAGAGCUUCUUUACAGGGCAGUGCAGUCUGUCAACAUGAGCCACGACGCUGCACACGUUCAGAUGGACGUCAAGUUCCGCUCGCUCAUCUGUGUGGGCUUAAACGAGCAGGUGCUGCACCUCUGGCUGGAGGUAUUGUGUUCCAGUAUGAGUGCCGUGGAGAAAUGGUACCAUCCCUGCUCUUUCCUGCGCAGCCCUGGCUGGGUUCAGAUAAAGUGUGAACUCAGAGUUCUCUCAAAGUUUGCCUUCAGUCUCUCCCAAGACUGUGAGCUGCCUACCAAAAAAGAGAAGUCUCCCGUUCUCAAAUCAGAAGUGGUGGAUGUCUUGGUCCAACAUCACCUCUUUAGUUGGGACCUCUAGGAGAAGGAGCAGAGGCCCCUGAAGGAGGGAGUUCAGGACAUGUUGGUGAAACAUCACCUCUUCAGCUGGGACAUUGAUGGCUAAACCAUCACACACUUCCUGUGAGCUGCAAACACAGACCAAAUCACGCUCCAUCUGCAGAAAAAUGGGGAUCACACCUGAAAAUCAUCUUCAUUUGUUGUCCAGCUUUGUCACAUGGCUGAAAUGGUCAGUAUUUGUGUGUCUUGGCACAAUAGUUACACUUUUUGUGACUCUUAAGAGUCUGUCUGUACAAAGGAGGAGUCCUUUGCCAAGACUUGACAUGGAAUCAGACUAUGGACUGCCUGCAAACACUUCCUCUCCUCCAAAGCUAAAUAACUAUUGCUCC